AUGUCAGAUUAUCGGCAUAAUCGUGAUGAGAGAGGCUCGUCGCUGGACGAUCCGCCUAUGUCUCGUCUAUUCGUUAUCCAUAAUCGAAACAACACAGAGGAAGAAAUACGCGAAGGCUUCGGACAAUAUGGAGAAAUCGAGGAUGUGUGGCUUCUCAAAGACAAAUCGACCGGGGAGAACAAGGGGAUUGCCUACGUGAAAUACCGAAAAACGUCGGACGCAGCUCUUGCCCUGGAGGAGAUGAAUGGGAAGAUGAUUGGCAACUCGGAUCGUGCAAUUAAAGUGGUCGUUGCAGCAAAUCGGCAAGCUGGAGCGAAGGGCAAAACCGAAAAUGAACAGGAAAAGUACUUCAGGCUGUUCCUGGUUGUAAACAAGAACAUCAACGAGGAAGAGCUCCGCGAAGAAUUCUCGCAAUACGGGGAAAUCGACUAUGCCUCGGUGAUUCGUGAUCGGGGGACCGGACAGUCAAAGGGAUUCGCGUACGUGAAAUUCAAACGGUUUUAUCAUGCAGCCCUGGCAUUUGAAAAUUGUUCACCGAAAUACCGAGCUGUAUUCGCUGAUCCGAAAACUUCGAAAUCGUCAAGUGGAUUUGACAAUAAAUCUCUAGCUCGAAGUGACGAUUCUCUAAACAAUAGCCACAAAUCCCAACAUGGUGACAUAUCAGGAUUUCAGAAAAUGCAAUCGACAAUUGGACAACCAACAUCAUUGGAAGUCAUAUGCAGCAAUACUAUCAAUCAGGAUCAGUUGUGGAGAUUAUUUGAUAUAAUUCCAGGACUUGAUUAUUGUCAAUUAACCGGCGAAAGUAACGGAAGAAAUCAGGAAGCAACUGUAGUUUACACAAAUCCGGAAUCAGCGGUCUAUGCAAAAGAGAAGCUCCAUGGAUUGGAGUAUCCACCUGGUGAAAGAUUGAUUGUUAAGUUCGGGAGUGAAACUGAGGAGCCAUCAACAAAUAAAAGGAAAUAUUCCUUUUGUAAUGUGGACAUACCACCACCGGCGCCGUUAGCUACUCCAGAUGCAGUAUGCGUUAAACGCUGUUUCAUAGUAUUGCAAUCGAAUGUCUCACUAACAGUCUUGAAAAAUGUAUUCUCAACAUUUGGUAAUCUUAUUGAUCUCUAUUUAUUGCCGAAUAAGAAUUGCGGAUAUGUGAAAUAUGCAAAUGAAGAGAGCGCACAAAAGGCGAUAGAUGUGUUGAAUGGGGCAGAAAUAUGCGGUGUCAAAAUAAAGGUACUUGAAGCGCAAGAACAAAAUGCGGAAGGAAGGAAGCGAAUGCGUCGUGAUGAUUAAAAAUGAAGACAUGUUUGACGACUACUACAAUAUCUGACCGGUACAUACGAGUAUUAUGAUAAGAUAUGAAAAGACGUUACACAUACAUACGGACGAAAAGAAUUUGUGUUUAACUGAAUAAGAAACAUCCACGAUAAUUUGCCAACGUGAGAAAUGAACCGUUAUCGAAUCGCUACCUUUUAAUUCAAACAAGAAAAAUUACGAUUACGACAUACAUUUUAUUUUUAAUAACAUACAUGAGUCGGAAAUUUUACGAUUCUACGACCGCUGGACAAAAACGUACAUUACGUUACGAAAAAAUCAUUCGCCUGUUUGAUGAUGUAUUUUAAAAUUGUAUUAAGAUAUUUUGUUUGUUUGGUGCAAAUAAAUUUUGAACUACCGGAA